GUGGUUUCAUCCCAACAUCAGCGGAAUUGAGGCAGAGAAGCUGCUCCUGACCAGGGGUGUCCAUGGCAGCUUUCUGGCUCGACCCAGUAAGAGCAACCCAGGAGAUUUCACCCUCUCUGUCAGAAGAAACGAUGAGGUGACACACAUUAAGAUCCAGAACACAGGGGAUUACUAUGACCUCUACGGAGGCGAGAAGUUUGCCACCCUUGCCGAGCUGGUGCAGUACUACACGGAGCAGCAGGGGCUGCUGCGGGAGAAGAACAGCAAUGUCAUCGAGCUCAAGUACCCUCUCAACUGCCAGGACCCCACCUCGGAGAGGUGGUACCAUGGGCACCUCACUGGCAAGGAGGCAGAGAAACUUCUGACAGAGAAAGGGAAACCAGGUAGCUUUCUGGUGCGGGAGAGCCAGAGCAAACCAGGAGACUUUGUACUGUCGGUGCUGACGAAUGAGGAUAAAAUGGAGACUGGAGAUCGGAAGCCACACGUGACCCACGUGAUGAUCCACUACCAGCCAGACGGGAAGUAUGACGUGGGGGGAGGAGAGAGGUUUGACACGCUCACAGACCUGGUAGAGCACUACAAGAAAAACCCCAUGGUGGAGAAAUCUGGAGCUGUGGUUCAUCUGAAGCAGCCGUUCAAUGCCACGCGCAUCAAUGCAGCUAACAUUGAAAACAGAGUGAAGGAGCUAAACAAAAUGGCGGAUCACAGUGAGAAGGCCAAGCAAGGGUUCUGGGAAGAGUUUGAGAUGCUGCAGCAGCAAGAGUGCAAGCUCCUCUACCCCAGGAAGGAGGGACAGCGGCCAGAGAACAAGGCAAAGAAUCGCUACAAGAACAUCCUUCCCUUUGAUACCACACGGGUGGCACUCCGAGACGUAGACGAGAGCGUGCCUGGGUCAGACUACAUCAAUGCCAACUAUAUCAAGAGCAUCCCUGAAGACGGAAGGAACUCGGAGCACUGCAAGAUCUAUAUAGCCACCCAGGGCUGCCUGCAGACGACAGUGAAUGACUUCUGGGCCAUGGUGUAUCAAGAGAACAGUCACGUCAUUGUCAUGACAACCAAGGAGGUGGAGCGGGGCAGGAACAAAUGCUUCCGUUACUGGCCAGACAAGAGCUGCACCAAGGAAUACGGGUGCAUCUGUGUGCGAAACGUGAGCGAGCGUGAGGCCCAGGGCUACUACCUUCGGGAGCUGGAGAUCUUGCGGAUCGACAGGGAUGAGCGCCCAAGACUGGUGAAGCACUAUCAGUAUUUUAGCUGGCCAGACCACGGGGUGCCCAAUGAACCAGGAGGGGUUCUGAGCUUUCUGGACCAAGUGAAUCGGGCACAGCGAAGCAUUCCAGACACGGGGCCGAUCAUAGUACACUGCAGUGCUGGAAUAGGACGCACAGGCACCAUCAUAGUUAUAGAUAUUCUGGUGGAUAUUAUUCACAGGCAAGGCUUGGACUGCGAUAUUGAUAUCCCCAAAACUAUCCAGAUGGUCCGCAGGCAGCGUUCGGGCAUGGUGCAGACAGAGGCACAGUACAAGUUUGUUUACAUGGCUGUUCAGCAGUACAUUGAGGUUGAGCAGAAGAGGUUGGAAGAAGAACAGAGGAAUAAAAGGAAAGAGCGAGACUACUUGAAUAUCGGCUACUCUCCUAUGGAAAAAGGCAGAGCCAAAGGGCAGCCCCCUUCACCACGGGCCCAGUCUGUGGUUGAUGAUGAGUCAGCUUCCGUCUACGAGAACCUUAACAUCAAAAGCCCAAAGGUUUCAGGGAUGAGUAAUACGGGGCGAUAA